CUGAACAGAACACGAGGCAGUGAUUUGAGAUAUAUAUACAUAAGAAGAAAGGAGAAGAGAAGAGAAAAAGAAAAGAACGAAACAAGUGUUACUUUCUUACUUGCUUUCCUUACAUCCAAGCUUUGAUAUUAUCGAACUUCUUCGUGAUCACACUCACUCACCAAUUCCAUGGCGGCUGCUGUUCCCACCUCUUUCCUUCUAACCAAAUCUGCAUCGUCCAUAAACAAGGUGGACCACUCUCUGGUCAAGAUUAAACCAUACAACUCAUGUCUGAAUCUAAAUCGACAAGGGAGAAUGCAAACGUCUUUAGCAAGAAGGCCUUUAACAAUCCAAGCUACAUAUAGUGAUGGUGGAAGGCCCAGCAGUGCUGGUAUAUUUGUUGGUGGGUUUGUCUUGGGAGGGUUAAUAGUUGGCACUCUUGGUUGCGUGUAUGCACCUCAGAUCAGUAAGGCCAUAGCUGGCGCGGACAGGAAGGAGUUGAUGAGAAAAUUACCAAAGUUUAUAUAUGAUGAGGAAAAGGCUUUAGAGAAAACCAGGAAAGUUCUGGCUGAGAAGAUUGAACAACUGAAUGCUGCCAUAGAUGAUGUUUCUGCACAGUUACGUUCAGAGGAGGCCACAAACGGAGUAGCUGUUAAUUCUGAUGAAAUUGAAGCUGCCACAUGAGACUGCUGCCGAGUGCUGUGAUGUCAUAGUACAAAAUGUGUCAUUGCUCUUUUCAGUAAACAAUCUUUUAUUGGUACAAAGUGUAUUUUGAUUUUAUUGUAAUAUCUUUCUAUUUCUUAAUAAUAAACUCUGGUUUUCUGCAAAUGGCUGCCGCUACUGUGGGUAAAAUAGUCGUUACGCUUUUAUGGCUCUGAUUUCUUUUGUUCUAUCAGCCAUUUAUUUAUAGUAAAAAGUUUCCAUGA